AUGAAAAAAUAUUGCAAAUGGCGAACAUUCGUGUCGGACGUUGAAUUCUAUUUCGUUUGUUAAAAUAAUCGUAAUUCCAUGCUUUAUACCGUAAUGUUUUUGUUGCAAAACAAAACAAAUUGUUGAUCUGGCAAACACAAAAAAAAAAAACUUUCCACAGUGUUUUUUUUAUUUGUUUCAUUAUCCGAAUGAAAACUAAAAUUUUUAUGAACAAUCUGAAGGACAUCUACAAGUUCAAACUUUCUCAGUCUGUUUGAUUGCUUUUGCGUUGCUGGAAACGUUCCAAUCAGACUGCAAAUAUGAAUGAUAUAGCAGCCAGUACUUCUGCUGCAGCUAUUUCAGCCCCACAGACAUCUGCUGCUGCUGCAGCAGCAGCAGCCGCUGCAGCGAGUGCACAAUCAGCUUGGGAUCAACUGACAGCUCCACAAAAUCAAAAUGAUGCUGCAGCAGCUAACAAUACGCUUCUGAAUUUGAGUCCACCCUUAGUCGGUGCUUCAUCUCCAAGUUGUAGUUCACCCUCGACCCCAGUCAAAUUGGGCCCACCGCCCGAAAUGACAGCACACACACCCCAAGGUCCACCAACUUCACAUGGCUCUGGCUAUGGUGAAGAACUUAGCACAGAAUUGGUAAAUCAAGGAUGGCGUAAAUUUUGGUCUAAACGAGAAAAUCGACCGUACUAUUGGAAUAAAGUUACCGGCGAGUCUCUGUGGGAGAUGCCGGGCCAAAGACCAUUCGAUCCACUUACCGAUCCACUUGGUAUUUGUCAUCCUGGUGCUCCCCAACCAAAUAGUCCUUUGCCACAUCCAAAUCUAAAAAGAAGACCUUCCGAAGAUAUGCACCAUGGAAUGGCGCCGCCUAUGAAAAAAUUCGUUCUAGCUGGACCAUGGGAUUUGGAAAUAUUUACAAAUGCAGUAAUCGUUGAACGACCACCGACUUUAUUACCACAUCCUCAUCCAGAAAUAGAAGCCAUUCGAGCAGCAUACACCAUGAAAUUGGUGAAAACCUAUGAAGAUCUUUGUAUGCGAAGAGAGAGCAUAAAGGCGCCAAAAGAUUCCUUCAAUCGUUGGCUAAUCGAACGGAAGGUCAUUGAUCGUGGCUACGAUCCAUUGCUUCCUAGCUUUUGCAAUAUCGAAGUCUCUCCAGCUAUGUAUUAUGAAAUUAUGAAUGACAUCCCGAUUAAGAUUGUCAAACCCAAAUUCACUGGUGACGCACGCAAACAGCUCUCUCGAUAUGCUGAAGCAGCCAAGCAUAUAAUCGAGUCUCGAUCGGCUCCGCCCGAAAGUAAAAAAGUCGUCAAAUGGAACGUUGAAGAUACAUUCCAAUGGUUAAGACGUACUGUCGGCGCAAGCUAUGAAGAUUUUCAAGAUCGACUACAACACCUUAAGAGACAGUGUGAACCACAUCUAGUGGAAACGGUUAAAGGAAGCGUCGAAGCUCUCUGCACAAAAAUCUAUCAUCUCUCAGCGGAGCAUGCAAAAAAGAUUCGCGAACGACACAUGCUUCUGUUAAAAGAACACGGAAUUCCCGAGCCAGCUCCACCAGUCCCGCCUCCGCACCUCAAGAAAGUCUGGUGCUAUCCCAUCCAGUUUGCAGUACCAUCGCCUAGAAUGCCCACCAUUGAGUAUCUGCAAGAUCGCGAUCACAUGAUUAUUAAAUUCACACCGGCCACACUAAACCAACCCGAUGCUCAGUACAUCAAUCUGACCCAUCUGCAAAAGCUUGAGCAGUUGUAUCGUUUCAAUUGCUUCGAUGAUAAGAAAUUCGAUCUCUUCAUCGGACGUGUGUGGUGUUUGCUUAAGCGCUAUCAGACAUUUUUAGGAAAUGCUUUGAACUCUUCACAGGAAGCUGAGCUAACACAGGCUUCUUUGCCAGUGCCGGUCUUUGAGUGCCUGCAUCGACAUUUUGGCGUAACAUUUGAAUGUUUUGCUUCGCCAUUUAAUUCAUUCUUUAGGCAAUAUUGUUCGGCAUUUGCCGAUACAGAUGCAUAUUUUGGAUCAAGAGGUCCAUUUCUGGAUUUCAAGCCUGUGUCAGGUUCUUUUCAAGUGAAUCCACCUCAUGUAGAAGAACUCAUUGAUGCUGCUCUGUUGCAUAUUGAUAAACUAUUAACAGACUCUAUGGAGCCACUAAGUUUUAUAAUUUUCUUACCCGAGUGGAAGAGUAUAGCAAAACUGGAGGAGAACAUCCAUAAGCGACGUUCAAUGGUGGUUCUGGGGAUGGCUCAUGAAUAUCGACAUGGUUAUCAGCAUAUAAUUCCAAAAUCUGAUGUUAAUGUCAAGUGCAUUCAGGGCACCACAGUAGUUUGGAUGCAAAACAGUGCUGGUCAUGCUCGCUGGGGACCAAAUGAAUCACGUGUCGAUGCCCUCCGAGAAGCAUUUAGACCUCAACGUGACAAAGAACGAGAAAAAGCGGCUGCAGCUGCUGCUGCAGCAGCAGCGGCCGCAGCAGAAAAUAGUGCUUCAAAAGCUACAACAACCGCACCACAGACUACUCAACAACAGUCUGUGCCAAAUACUACUGCACCAGCUACAUCUUCAACACCAAUUCCGACAACAUCUGCAAUGGUGCUACCAUCUUCUGUUAGCACAGGUCUAGGAAGUUCAUCAUCAAAUGAUAGUCUAGAUGCGGGGCCAUCUGCAAUUGCAACUGCUAUUGUGACAAAUUCGAAUUCUAUGGUUGCAACAACGUCGUCGGUUUUAGUGACACCAGCAAAUACAGUAACUGCAAUAAAUUCUGCUGUCUAAACUAAAGGAUGACGACCACGAAGUGACGACAUGAGAGAGAAAUUGUUUUAUUUUAAAUGAAAUGAAUGAAUGUUCCAAAGACAAUGUACACACAGAGAGCAUGUUGAAAAAAAAAUCAAACGAGGAAAAACUGUUACUACUUAGAAUGCUAAAGCAUAGCUAUAAUGAGUGGUUUUUUAAAAGAGAUUUCUAUAAAAUAAAUUAGAAGGAUUUAACAAAAAAAAAAACAACAAGGGGUGAGUUUCAUAAAAGUCAAAUAAAGAAACGGAAAAGUUUAUUCAUUUUUUUUUUGUUUAAUGAAAAAUUUAGCUUCUUAAAUUUUCAACUAUAUUUCUUAUUUAUGUGGGUUGGCAGACUGUAGAAUACUUUCCAUUCUUCAACUAAGAAAACUAAUAGUACAAGCUUUUCUUAUGUACAAAAUAAACAUACUUUGGUGUAGAAUGUUUUAAAAUUAAAUGAAUUCGCUAUAGACUGAAUUCAUUUUUAUUAUUAUAUUCUUUUUUUUAUUUUAACUGAUCAUGCCCGAUGUCAGUGCCUGUAGGUCCAAGUGCAAGUUAUGGUUUAUAAUGCAUUCAAGCCCUUAAAAAACUGUUCGGGUACUCGAUACUCAAAAUUUUUACUGCAACUUAUUCAAUCAAUGUAGAAAUGUCAAGUCAAAAAAAUCCAUAUUUAGUGCUAAAAUCUGCGCAAAGUUUGACUCUACUAAGCUUAAACAAAAAAAUAGACUUCAUGUGGCGAGAAAAUCUCCUAUUGAAAAAAGAACAAGGAAAAAAUUACCUAAAUUACCAAAAAGUUUAAGUUGGCUAGUUACAGAAUUCCAAAGGAAGUAAAGACAUUUUUUUUUUUACUUACAAGUUAUUAAAUUGGUGAAGAUGCUUCCCAUGACAGCAGGAGUAAUAAAGCUUGAAUAAGAAGAAAGAAAAUCGUAGGAAACAUUCACGCUCAAAAAUGACGCUUUGAAAAAAAUCCAACACAACCGACAAAGCUGGUAUUGUUUUGUACAAAAAAGUUUUUUUUUGAGAACCCAGUUCAAAAAACAACAUCGAACGACGAGUGGAAAGGUGGCAGAAGGGAAAAAGAUUUCUUAAAGUCGAAUGGAAAAUUCUUCAUUCCACACGUUCGGUUCCUUGUGAGUGGGGCUAAACUGGACUGACAUACUCAAGAAUAGGCUUUUAAUAAAUGGUAAAAAGUAUAAAAUGGUAUAAAAAAAAUUCGCUUUUAAAAUUAUGUAGAAUGUAGGGUGAACGAAAGUUCAGCUCUUUAUCUCCCUCCGUUCAUAAAUUAUCAUAAAUGAAUUAAGUCACACUCAAUACCUGAAUCAAAUUGUGUUUAUAAUGGAUUUUACUGUGGCAGGUGUACGUAUUUUUAGAUUCAAUAAUACUUAUUGCUUUUCUGUUUGAAAAUAAUUAGAGGCGGUAUUUUAAAAAGUUUUCAACCGAAUAUAUAGGAAUAUGUAUGUAUACCUAACAAUCGCUCGCUUAAAAUUUUCUUCAUUCAUGAAUAUUUGAUUUUAUUUUCUUAAGCAGAGUAAAAAUUAAAAAAAUCUGCAUCACUCUUUUACCCACAACCUUAAAUAAAAAACAUUUGUAUAGUUUGUCUUAAAUCGUUUAAAAAAUAGUAACUUAUUUGAAGUGCCUCUUAUGUACGACCUCUUAAUUUUAAAUGCCUUAAUUCCGACCAAAAAUUAAAUUUAAAAAUAAAAAUCAAUUAAAAGUGGAGUACAAAACAAGGAAAAAAUACAAAAACUAAAUCUUUGUAUAUUUAAUAUUCACAUAUUAAAAAAAAAUAAAUAUUAGCAUAAUUCUUGUUUCUAAAAGUCUCCCAAUAAAAAAUG